AAACGAUUUGGAAAUAUCAGAAAGAACAAACGUGUUAAUAAAUAAUUAUUAAGAUUUGAUACAGAAAUACGUGACAAAUUGAAUUGAAAAUAAUAACAAUCUUCAGAUAAGAAAGCAAAGAAAUAAUUAACAAUAAAAUGCCUGGAUCACGAGUUUAUGUUGGAGGAUUACCUUAUGGAACCAGAGAACGGGAUUUGGAGAAAUUCUUCAAAGGCUAUGGCAGAACACGCGAUAUUUUGAUCAAGAAUGGCUAUGGGUUUGUCGAAUUUGAGGAUUACCGUGAUGCUGAUGACGCUGUUUAUGAACUUAACGGAAAGGAAUUGUUAGGCGAGAGCAGGGUCGUGGUUGAACCCGCACGAGGAACAGCAAGAGGAUCGGGUGGUCAUCGUGACAGAUAUAAUGAUCGCUAUGAUAGACGUGGAGGUGGUGGACGUUAUGAUAGACAUAAUAGUUCCAGAAACAAUAGUUCUCGCUAUGGGCCACCAUUACGGACCGAAUAUCGUUUGAUUGUUGAGAAUUUGUCAUCGCGUGUGAGCUGGCAGUGAGCCUCCUUCCUCCCCCCCCGCAAUAUGAGAGUGAGACCGAAACAUGAAAUUGGGAUAAAGUGUGGUCCUUAUGUUGACGUGCUCGCGCGAGACAAAGAGGCUGACGAUUAAAUUCUGUGUGGCGCUAAAGACGUGUGUAGUUCUCAGAGUUAUUUAUCAUGAUUACCAAAUGAUGUCUGUGCCAAUUAAUCGACAAUGUUCCAGCCAGUUGAAUAGCUUAUUUGAUCGCCCUUUCCGAUAAACGAUGUGGAUGAUGAUUUUCAUAAACAUAAACAUAGAAUUGCUUCUAUACUGACGAGGUCAUCCUUACUUCUCUUCAUGCUAACACUGUUAUUAUCUCACUGACCUGACCUGAAGAUGUGCGAACAAAAAGCCAAAGAAAUUAUCUUAAUUCUUUAGUUAAAGAUCAAAAAAAUCAUUAUAGUUGUUUGUUGUUAUCAUCCCUCACAGUAACUGACGAUCUCUGGCUGAUGAUGUUAAGCGAAGGGACAGAAAAUGAGAGAGAGAGAAAGAGGACAUAAAUGUUCGAUCGAUUUCGUAGAAAGCACAAAAAAAGUUAUCUAAGAAUCUAAAAAAAAUGUGGGCUCGUGUUAAAGAAGGCUCUUCACACACACUUUUCGAAACGCAUUAUGAUUACGCAAAAUCCUUUUCUCACACGCAAUUGAAUGAGAGAUGUCGUAGACGAUAAACAUAGAACUAGAAAUAUGAUCGCAAAUAAGCAGACAAAAGUAUACUUUUUUGAUUCUUUAAUCUAAAUUUUGUUAGAUAAAAAAAACAAGCAAAACAAAUUUUAAUUAUCUGGAACUUUCACGUUUUUAUUAUUUUUCUCUUAUUUUUUUGGGUUUUCCCCCGCAUUUCUCUUGUUAUUAUUUGUCUUUUUUAUGAUUUUCAUUUCCUGAAACUAACAACAAGAACAAGUACUGAGCUAGUUGGUCUGAGAUAUCGCGAGUUGUCUUAAACCUUCCUUGAUCUAGACACUUUUCGAACUAGGACAUUGUUGAUAACAAAUCGAAAUGCAACUAACUUGCUUUAUUACUUACUUGACUGAUUACAAAGAUUGCAAAUCUCUCUUUGUGUGCAGUUUUGUCAUAAAAGUCACCUAGAAAAUGAAGCAAAAAUUAAAUUGACGCGUCUAUCUUUUGUAAUCGCGAAUUGCCUUAAGAAAUAGUCAAUGACAUUGAAGCUGAUAACGAAAAAUAAAUGAAAACGAAAACUGCACGAUUAAAUAUUUAAUGCGCAAUCAAGUUAAUUAAUUUAUUUCAAUCAUCAUAGAAUAUGAAGAAAAAAAAGUACUUUAAGUAAAAUUUUAGAAAAUAAGUUUCAAGAAAUGUUGAAAAAGUUUCAUGAGAUUUUUUUGUAUCAACAUUUUUCCCCCCGAUUUUUAAAGAAACAAACCACAACCAUCACUACCACCACCCAUUUCAAUGGAAUCAUUCCAAUAACUCCGACCUCGACUCGAAACAUUAAACAUCCUUCGCGAGAUUCUCCUUUUUACCUUGUUAUCAUCAUGAAUUUUAAAUUCCAUUGCAUUAAGUUCAACCUUCAAAUGAAGUACCUCAAACAAAAAUCUGUUUUUCUUUUACUUUCUUCAUUCACUCAUCCGAGAUCAUUUGAAGAGUUAACAAUUUAUGAUGAGACAAAAGAGAUUUCCAUUAAAACAAGAAAGAAGAAGAAAAUAUGAUGCAACAAUUACAUUUCUUUUUUUAACUAUCGCUUCCCCUUUGAAGGCCAUUAGAAUCCAUUUUUCACCUUGAUUUAUUGCUUAUCUUUUGAUUAGGAUCUUAAAGACUAUAUGCGACAAGCUGGAGAAGUCACCUAUGCUGGUAUGUGUCAAAAUGCGCACAAGCAGAAUCGCAAUGAAGGGGUUGUUGAGUUUGCGUCAGCUUCGGACAUGAAAACAGCUAUUGAGAAGUUGGAUGAUACGGAAUUGAAUGGUCGUCGUAUUCGUUUGGUGGAAGAUAAGAGACGCAAUGGUGGUGGUCGCCGUGGGCGAUCCCGGUCAUCAUCAAGUCGUAGUCGUUCUCGUUCCAAUCGUCGUCGCACCAGAUCUCGUUCACGUCGUUCGUCUCGUAGUCGUUCAAAAUCUCGUGGAAGUCGCUCAAAGUCACCAGCUGAAAAGAAAUCUCGUUCGCGUUCUCAAUAUUCUGAAAAGUCUCGAUCUCGUAGCCGCGAUUCAAAUCGCAGUGGCAGCAAAGCUUCAAAUAGAAAUCGCGAUAGAAGUGCAAGCAAUGCAUCGGAUAAGUCGAAAGGAAAAUCACGAUCACGUGAUCGCUCACGUUCUGAAGACAAGAAUGACAAGUCACGCUCACGUUCUGGAUCAGCAAAUCAUUCACCAGAACGUAACAAUGAAAGCAUGGAAGACUAAAAACUUGCAUCCAAUCAUCCAAAUUUCUUCUGUUCUUUGGUUUUUCUUUUUUUUACUAAAUAAGAAUGAAGAAUUAAUUCAUUAUUAUUAUUCCUAUGUAUAAUUAUCAUCAGUUGAAGUGAAAUCAAUAUCAUAAAUUUAGUUGACGUAAACAUAAAAGAACGAUGAAAAAAAAAAGAAAUUUCGCGGUAAUUUAAAAUAACAAACAAACUUGAACUUUUCGAUUGAUAAAUGUCGAACUUGUUUAGGAUUUCAAUGGGUGAUGAAAUUGAUUUCAAUCUUUUUUCCUUAUCAGUUCCACUUUAAAUACAAAAUACAUUUUGUACAACUUUUUUCAUUAUUUUUAAUCAUGAUGUCAUUUCUUAAGGGUUUUUUUUAAUGUAAAAGAAUGGAAAACUUGUCGUCACUUUUAUUUUGUUAUCAGAAAAAUUGGCUUUUGUUUGGAUUGGUAAAGGAAAUUUGAUGGUGUUUGAGAUUCAAGCACUUUGGGUUUACAAAAUUUGAUGAAAUUUCGUUCAAGUGUUGUUAAUGUUCGAGAACAAUGAUAAAAGACUUUGAAUGACUUUAAGAAAAUUUAGAUUUGAGUACAAUUUCAAAACACUAACGAAAGAAAAUUCUUUCCUUUCAUCAAAAUAAUGUGACGAUUAGGAAAUUCCAAUCACAGGAUAAAUAAAAGAAACAUCAUCGGAUUAAAUAUAAGUUUUUGAACAUUACACAAUAUAAAAUUAAUUGUAUAAGUUGGAGUAAGAAAGUCUUAAAUAAAAAUAACUUUAAUGGCUAAAAGUGUCGUAUUCAUUACAAUAAUUGUCGGGGAUGUUAAUUUAAUGAUAGUUUGCAGUAAACUUCUGAAUUUCAUGAUGGAAUUUGAUUGUACAAAGAACACGUGGACAACACGAACAUCACACGGUGGUGGUUGUUCAGAUAAAUUGUCAACAUUUCUCUUUCAGAAUAUAAAAACAACCACAAAGUAAAUUUACAAUUUAUUCGUAAAACGUGCAAUUGGAAAUCGCAAUGCAGAUAAAAUAAUUGCGCGUAAAAUGGAGUGACGAGGAAAAUCAUAAACAAA